AUGACCCAGUUACCGGCUAAAGAGCAAUCCCAACAUGCAGCCAUGGAUAUGGCUGAGAGUCUGGUUCGCUGGGCGGCCGGCGAAGGAGUGAAACUUGAUGGCAUUGAACCCAAGGAGACGGCAGAGCAUGGCUUUGGAAUGGUGGCAAUCCGCAAGCUACAGGAAGGAGACGUUAUUAUGACUGUGCCUAUCAAAACUAUCCGGAGUUUAAGUACUGUCUCCAAGACAAUUAGUUCCAAGCUGCCUCAGGACGCAUCUAUACAUGGCCUCCUAGCGGCAGAUCUUUUAUUUAAUCCUCCCAAGGCGACGCACUGGGGCAAACUGGUACCAAAGCUAGCAGAUUUCCAAGAACAGGUGCCAUACUUCUGGUCAAAAAGUCUACAGGAACUACUUCCCGUAGAAGCCAAAACCCUCUUAGCAAAGCAACAAGCCACGUUUCGCCGAGAUUGGGAACAGUUCAAGAUCGGCUUUCCGGAUACAAAUAUGCAGGAUUAUUUAUAUGCUUGGUUCCUCGUUAGUACGAGGGCCUUCUACUACGAGACUCCUCAGACUCUACCGUACCCUUGGCAUGAUCGAUUAGCUUUGCUACCGGUGGCAGACUUGUUCAACCACGCGGCCACUGGAUGUUCCGUAUCCUAUUCGCUCUCCGGAAGCUACACCAUAACUGCAGAUCGCGAGUACGUGGAAGGCGAAGAGGUCUGCACCUCAUAUGGACGUCAUUCCAACGAUUUCCUGCUUGCGGAGUACGGGUUUGUGCUGCCAGAUAAUUCAGCCGACCUUGUAUCCUUGGAUGAUGUGAUACCCCCUAAGCUCAGCGGCGAACAGAAGGCUUCACUGGAUGGAAAGGGGGUGCUGGGUAAUUUUAUGCUAUCUGCUGACUCAAAACCAUGCGACAGGACCAAGGCAGCAUUGCAUCAGCUGCUUAAUGGCGCGGCAACGGAAUCUGAUGGGGGCCUAGAUUCGCAAAACACCCCGUCGGGUACUGAUGCAUUGCUGUCAUCGCUGCUUGCAGAGCUGCUAAAUCGAAUCAAAAGCACAAGAAGAGCUAUAUCGACUUCUGGUGCCGGUACCGCUUCCCAACGAGCAGUCCUUGUGCAACGGUGGGAUCAAAUUGAAGCGAUUUUGAAGCAGUCGAUUGAAGUGUUAGAUAGAUCAUGA